UAAGUUUCUUAAUCGCGACUCCAGCUUUGACCAGACUACUUCGCUUGUUAAUUUACUAAGUAAAAUCGCUCUUGAAGAAUUAUCCGGAUGUACGGCUAUUAUCCUUUACGACAUAUUCACGGAGAGAAGUAGCGAUUUACUCCUUGAAAAACUGUUCCGAACCCUACCAAUUCCCUACCUCCACGGCCAAAUAACGGAAAAAUAUCACAUGAAAGUACCCCAAUUGCUAACAACUGAAGACACUUGCACCGCUUACAUCCUUUUCCUCAAAGACGUGAUGAGGAGUAAGAAUGUUAUAGGUCCCCAAACUAACAAUAAAGUUAUUCUGGUUUCGCGGUCGUCGCAAUGGAGGGUUUACGAAUUUUUGGCCAGCGAACAGUCGCAGAGUUUUAUGAAUUUGCUAGUUAUCGCAAAAUCGGAGAAAAUUGUUUCGUCAAACAUUGAACUUCCCUUCAUUCUCUACACACAUAAAUUGUACAUCGACGCUUUGGGAUCAAGUCUCUAUCAAGUGCUAACUUCGUGGAGAAAUGGCUCUUUUACCAGAUCUCAAGUGAAUUUGUUCCCGAAAAAAAUUCUAGAUGGGUUUGCUGGGCACAGGUUUAUCAUCUCUUUAGCACACCAGCCCCCAUUCGUCAUCAAAAAAGAACUUGACGAGAACAAUGACAUUCGUUGGGAGGGAAUCGAAGUCCGUUUGGUCAACCUCUUAUCAAAGACUUUUAAUUUCACGACUGACUACCGCGAGGCUGGGCAAACAUCUCAGCUUGGGUUGGUUUCUCAGUUUCUAGACAAGAUUGUCUGAGAAUAUGGUUUUAGGUCUGCUGAGUCGGUCACGACGGUAAUUAUCCAAAAUGGCGCCAAUUUAGGAAUCGGCGGUCUUUAUAUCACCGAACCUCGUAUUAAAGCAACAGACGUGUCCCACAUCCACUCUCAAGAUUGUGCUGCUUUUAUAUCUCUAGCUUCGACGGCCCUUCCUCGCUAUCGUGCUAUUAUGGGGCCUUUUCAUUGGACCGUUUGGUUAUUCUUAACUUUUGUCUACUUAUUUGCAAUUUUUCCGUUGGCAUUUUCGGACAAACACACACUUCAGCAUCUUUUGGAUAAGCCCGAAGAAGUUGAAAAUAUGUUUUGGUACGUUUUUGGGACAUUUACAAACGCUUUCAGUUUUUUGGGGAAAGACUCGUGGAGCAAAAGUGAUAAGUUUGCAACAAGAUUACUGAUUGGUUUUUAUUGGAUUUUCACAAUUAUUGUAACAGCGUGUUACACAGGAUCUAUCAUUGCUUUUGUAACACUUCCGGUCUUUCCGGAAACUGUCGAUACCCCGGAACAGUUACUUAGAGGCAAAUACACAAUUGGGAUUUUGGAUAAAGGUGGCUGGCAACACUGGUUUGAAAAUUCAAGCGAUCCUAUUAUUGCGAAAUUGCUAAAACGGACUGAUUUUGUCCCAGAUAUCGAAUCGGGGUUGAAGAACACCACGAAGGCAUUUUUUUGGUCGUAUGCCUUUUUGGGUUCUAGAGCCCAACUCGACUACAUUGUUCGAACAAACUUCACCACAAUGAACAAACGCUCUUUGCUCCAUAUAAGUUCCGAAUGCUUCGUCCCUUUCGGUGUGAGCAUAAUCUACAAUAAAAAUGCCCUCUACAGCAAAAUCAUUGACCAAGGCGUCCUGCGAGCCGUUCAAAGCGGCAUAAUUGACAAAAUAAAAAAGGAUGUCGAAUGGGAAACAAUGCGUACCGCCUCUGGAAAACUCCUAGCAGCCAAUUCCUACGGCAAAAACUUGAAAGCAUUAAGUGUCGAAGACCGCGCUUUGACACUCAACGACACCCAAGGCAUGUUCUUGCUUUUGGGAAUUGGUUUUCUCCUAGGAGGAGCCUCGCUCUUGUCGGAAUGGAUGGGUGGAUGCUUACAUUUGUGUAAAGGAAGAAGAAACAAAUCGGCAAAAAGUAUAGAAAGUAACUAUAGGUCACAUGAAGUACCCACACCUCGAGAAAAGUUAAAUUCAUUACAAUUUAACUCGUUUGAGAAUCACAAAAUUGAGGAAGAUGUUGUUGAAGAACGCAACUGUAUUAUCCACAAACAAGACGAGGAUGAUAUUGAGGAACACAUUGAUAAGCUUUUUGAUUUUGAGGGAAUUUUCGGAGAGGCCAACUCUGAUAGCCGGAAUGGCCCCGAAGAGGAAUUGAGUGAAGAAAAUGGAAAGAAAUAAACACGAAUCCAGAAAAUAGACAUUUAUUAUGUACACAGACUAUGUAUUUUGAAUUAAAAAUAAACACAUCACUGUUAUCACUAAGAAAUGAUGCGCCAUUCUGGAUGUUUUCCCACAAACUUUGAUCUCACUUUCCUGGAAAAUAUAAAAAUUACAAAAAAUUUUGUCCCGGAAAAUAAUUACCAGUGGAUGUUCAUUAUAGCAUCCGGCUAAUCUUCUGCGAGGAAGGUUGUUAAGGUCUAGUUUUUGACAAGGAUAAUCCGAACUAUCAUUGUAAACUAUUUUGCGAGGCGAAGUCGAAUAAACUUGUUUAUUGGUUCGUUCCAUCGUCUC